GUGUUCUGAGGAGCACAUCAACCAUAUUUACCACCUGCUGAUGUCCCAGUUAAGCCAGGAUCACGCCGAGAUCCGCCUUUCAGCCUUUCAGAUCGUGGAUCAGCUCUUCGCUCGCUCGCACCUCUUCCGAACGCUGCUUAUUUCCAACUUCCAGGAAUUCCUGGAGCUGACGGUGGAGACAGACCACGACCAGCCUCUUCCUCCACCCGCUGACGUGGCCCAGAAGCUGAAAAAAGCCGCCAUUAAGUCUGUACAGGAAUGGCAUGAAAAGUACGGCCAAGCCUACAAGAAACUCUCCUUGGGAUAUUUCUUCUUAAAACAGAACAAGAAGGUAGAUUUUCAAGAUGUCCAUGCCAGGACAUUAGCAGAACGAAAGAGAGAUGAAGAAAGGCAGAAACGAUUGGAUAAUAUUUACAAGGAUAAAGCCCAAAAAGCGGAAAAGGAAAUGAAAGAUGCGUCUCCCGAAAUCCAGUCUGUGCUGACGGAGCUGGAGAGUUGUUUUCAGCUGCUGGUUCCAGAUCCUUUGGGCUUCGCCGUGCAGGAGAUUGAAACCCCGGAUUGGAGGAGAGGCCAAACAAGCCCCCGGUCUUUGGUGCAGGUUGCAAGCCAGCCAGGAGCCUUCAGGGAUCAGGAUCAACAGCCUUGUUGCAGCAAGGAUCUCCUGGCUGUUUCUCCAGGGCCAAAAACUGAUCGCCGGGACUCCGAUGGGGAGACGGAGAAGGACCACGGCCCAGGAGAUCCCUUAAAGCCCACAUCGACUUCUCUCGGCGUUAUGGGAGACGAGGAUCCCACAAUGUUUCUUCGGAGCCACGGGCUCGGUUCUUACAAAUACACCCUCAGUCUUGAAGUCUCUCCAGAUGUGAAACUGAGCGAGAAUGAAGACAAUGCAGCCAUCAUAAAUAACCUUUCGGAUAGUUUUAAGCUCAUAACGAAUAAAUAUUUGCCAUUGGUGCAGUCUUGGAUUCAGUUAUUCACCAGGGCUGGGAUAAGCGACGAUCGGCUGAGACAAGCCAUUGACCUUAAAAAUAGAUUGGAGGCGGCUUUGGAGAAGACUAAAAAAAUGGACAUUGAUUUUAAAGAGAAGAAAAAAUGG